CGGCGUCACACGACAGUUGUCUACGUUACCGGCACAUCACGACGUCAACGAAACCUUAUUUCCCCACCGACCACGAUUCCUUCUAACAUUGUCGACAAUGUCACUCGACAAAGUGAAAGCGCCUGCUUAUGACCUUUUGUCUACUAUUCUGUAUGAUCCGUCACUAGCCGCAGGUGUUGGACCUUUCUUCCUCCUCGGGCAUCACCUUGAUAGACUAGAGAGAGACAUUAAUCAAAGUUUGAGGAUCCGCCUCCUCCUCUCUCGCACGAACGGCGUUACUGCCGAGACCUUCCCCUUCAAACCCCUCUCCGACCCUACUUCCCCAUAUGACAAUGCGACUCCUCCAACAUGGGAUGUCUACCUCGAUACCGCACCAACUACCCCUUCAGCCUUCACCUCCCACAAAACCACGUACCGCCCGCACUACUCUGCCUCUCGGACGCGCUGCUUGCCUCCCAACUCCACUACAUCCGAAGUCCUCCUCUACAACCCAAAUGGAGAAGUAAUGGAGGGGAGUAUUACCAAUGUCGCAUUCUGGCGGGACGGCAAGUGGAUCACGCCCAAGUUGAGAUGCGGUGGCUUAGGGGGUGUUAUGAGGGGGGAGUUGAUUGAGAAGGGGGUUUUGGAGGAAAGAGUUGUCAAGUUGAAUAGCGUGAGUGUUGGAGAGGUGGUUAUGUUGAUGAACGGGGUUAGAGGGAGUUGGGGUGGGGUUGUUAGGGGGUGAAGGGAGGAUUGUAGACAGUUGUUAGCAGCAGCUGUUUGAGGUAAAAAGGAACAAGCGAACAGAACAAGUGUUCCAAGGGUUUCGCUCGCUCGUACGCCGAGAGCCCUGC